AGACUAAGAUGGACCUGGCCAUGCUCUGCACUUUCAUAGUGUCUUUGAGGGUAAUCCCAAACCGCGUGCAGUUUUUUCAGUAUGACACGGUGUAUCUGAGCUGUGGAAACAAGACUAAUGCAUCCAAAUGGACCAUCCUGAGGAACACGAGUUUACACACAAACCAAAAAAACCCAGCGCAGAAUAAAUCCAACUGGUUUAUGAAUAGUAACAUGUACUACAAAGACGCAGGAGUGUACUGGUGCCAGUCUGAAGAGGGCGAGUGUGGGGCUGCGGUUAACAUCUCUGUGACUGCUGGAGAUGUGAUCUUGGAGAGCCCAGUGCUGCCUGUAAAAGAGGGAGAGACAGUGACACUUCGCUGCAUUUGGAACCCAGACAAACCAAUAACUGAAGGAACGUUUGAAUUCUUUAAAGACGGUUUUUGUGUCGGGAACAGCACCAGCGGAGACCUGACCAUUCCCAUUGUGUCUCACUCAGACUCUGGACUGUACACAUGCAGCCACCAGGGGGAGCUGUCUGCAGAGAGUCAACUAAAUGUGCUCCAAACGGCAGGGCGCCUCCCACAGCUCAGUGAAACAGCUUCCUCUAUCACCUCCUUCAUCAUCAUCAUCGUGCUUCCUGUUACCGCGGCGACCUUGGCCCUGCUCUGCACCAUUCUUGUUUUCUUGUGGAGGAAACACAAAGAAAGCAGACUGGAGCAGUCAACUUUUUUGGUGAAAAGAGUUGGAGAAAAUGGAAAGAUGCCCUGUGCCAUAUCUGAUUAUUCUAUUGCAAUCUACAACAUUGGACAGAGACCAGGACAAGGAUUACAGCGAAUCAGCAGAAUGAGUGCUGGCCAAGAACAAUUUUCUCUGACUGAAUAUGUCCCCAGCAGCACCCAGUACAUGGAGAUCACAGGUCUGACAGCAGAAGACACUGCUGUUUACUACUGUGCCCGAAGAGCACAGUGA